UCCAUUAGUUGUGUGAUGUGCCCCAGAUUCUACGCCUUCUCAAAGAAAUACUACUCAUUUGCCUCCCUUUUGCUGCUUUAUAAAAGCCCUUCUUGGGGUCAUCUUUGCCUUGUGGGAACCGGAGUAGCCUGCAGAAAAGUCGUCGGGGUAAGAUUGAUUAUAGAAGAAUAGAGAUCGGAGCGGCUGGAUCAGGUAUAAAAACAAAGACGUGUACCGAGCAUGGUUAUUUAGUUCUGUUGGUUCAACAAGAAGGAUUAACUUACAUGUUUGAAUACUUUUUGGAUACAGAAAAUAUGUACCAACAUCAAGGGAAGAGCAUGCACCCUGAGAGACAUUUGUUCCUGCAAGGAGGGAAUGGCCCGGGAGAUUCUGGUCUUGUUCUAUCGACCGAUGCCAAGCCGAGACUUAAGUGGACGUCUGAUCUUCACGAGCGGUUCAUCGAUGCCGUCAAUCAGCUUGGAGGUGCUGAUAAGGCUACUCCUAAAACAGUAAUGAAACUAAUGGGGAUUCCUGGCCUUACUUUAUACCAUCUCAAGAGUCAUCUUCAGAAAUAUAGACUCAGUAAAAAUCUCCAUGGACAAGCUAAUAAUGGCAGUAACAAGAUAGGCGUGGUUGCAACGGCCGGAGAUAGAAUGUCUGAGGCAAAUGGAAAUCACAUGAAUAACUUGAGUAUUGGACCUCGAACAAACAAAGGCUUACAAAUCGGUGAAGCACUGCAAAUGCAAAUCGAGGUGCAGAGAAGGUUGCAUGAACAGCUUGAGGUGCAGCGACAGUUGCAGCUUCGUAUCGAGGCUCAAGGGAAAUACUUACAGUCAGUGCUUGAGAAAGCUCAAGAGACACUCGGACGACAAAAUUCGGGUAACAUGGGACUCGAAGCAGCCAAAAAUCAGCUAUCUGAAUUGGUGUCAAAAGUGUCCAACCAAUGCCUGAAUUCGGCAUUUUCGGAUUUGAAAGACUUGCAAGGCUUAUGCCCCCAGCAGGGUCUAACACAAGCAGCUCCACCUACUGAUUGUUCAAUGGACAGUUGCUUGGCAUCAUGUGAUGUGUCUCAGAAAGAGCAAGAAAUACACAACAAUGGGAUUUGCUUAAGAAUAUACAACAGCAGCUCGUUACCGGAAGAUCUGUUGCUACCGCAAACCGAGCUGAAAUUGUUCAACGACAUCAAAACAGGCCGUUGCACCGGUGAUUUAUCGAUCAGUGUAGGACUACAAGGAGAAAAAGGGCACCCCAACAACAAUGGCAGAAAAGAGGAUCAAACAGUUAAUAGCCUGCCUUAUUUUUUGACAAAGCUGGACUUAAAUGUCCAUGAAGACAACGAUGCUGCUUCAAGCUGCAAACAGUUUGAUCUGAAUUACCUCAGCUGGAACUGAAAAGGUCCGAUCGACCA